CCCAACCUGGCUCCUGUGACUCAACCAUCGUUCACAACACCUCCUCCUCUUUGCUCGCCACAGACCAAUGACGAUGGUCAGCAUCCCGGCCGCGAUGACUCUCGCUCCGGGUAGCUCGUCUACAUCUCAGUCACCGGCACUCACCCCGCCCCCCGCUUCCGCGUUCGAGCCGGUCCCCCCGACCCUCGAUGCCGCCCUCGCCGCAGGCUUCAUGGGCUCGCUGGACGUGCUUCGCUGCGCGCGUCUCAGCCUCCUCCACUCGCUCCCGCGAGUCGGCAUUGCCUGGUCUCUGUGGUGUGGGCACUGCGGUGCUCUUCGCGAGGUUGGUGAUGACACGGUGAUGGUGGCGAAGCCGAGUCGCAAGCGCGACUCGGAGGGCUUCCUCAAGGCCGAGGCCGAGGAUGAGCUCGAGGCCGAGCUGAACGCGCAAUUUGCUGCGCUCGAGGAAGAGGAGGAAAAGGCGCGCCCUGCGCGCCGCCCGCAGCGCCGCCGUCGCGCGCCGCACUGCGCUUUGUGCGGGACUAAGUUCCAGCGGCCUCGCCCAAUCCCGCCGCCCUACCCUGCGGCGAGAGCGGCUCGCACGCGUCGCCAGAGCGCACUCGCAGCCGACGCGCAGGCGCAAGCCAAAGAGGCGGCACUCAGCCCCGCAGGCACUCUUGAUGCCGGGCAGCUUCUCGGCGCCGCGCAGGCGCCGGUCCCGGUUCAGGCCCAGGCCCAGGCCAAGCCAGCGCCAGGACUCAAGAACGUUGCGUCUGGCAGCCCGACGGCGUCGUACCCCCAGCCGAAGAGCGCGCCGCCGCCGCAGCCCAACGGCGGCAUUGUCACCACUCUGCCGACCUCGCCCCCGCCGGCUAAGAAGCGCAAAGUGAAGAAAUCGGGUCUCAAGCAGCUCCUUGCUCAGAACGCUGCGCGCGAGAUCCAGAAGGGCUCAGGCAACUGGGGCCUGGGCUAGCCAUAAUGAGGCGGUACCGAGAUCCCGACGACUUGAAGCCUCCGCUCAACGACAAGCUCCGCUUGCAAAGACGUCUUCAAUCACUCGGUCACCUGUAGCAAUAUUUUGUAUCCUUAACACUCUCUCCUCUUACGCUUCUCCUCCGGGAGGAGCGAGAACGAGACGAUGGUCUCCUGCGGGGGCGCUUGCCUAUUCGGUAAGGGCAAGCUACCAUCGUUUCUCCUAAUUCUCCCAUUCUGUUGAGAGUCGUUAGCGUUGUCAGAAAACAGAAAAUCCAUGUAUGUGUGUCGUGUGCG